AUGGAGAACUGGAAUAAGGCUGCAAUGUUGAAGCUUCUUUGGGCUAUUACUUUCAAAACUGACAAGCUGUGGGUCAAGUGGAUAGCUGCCUAUUGUCUUAGAAGACAUGAUGUGUCUACUGUUGGAAUAACAAACAACAUGUCCUGGCAUCUGAAGAAAAUCUUAAAGUUAAGAGAGCUGAGGGUGCAAUUGAACUGGGAAGAUUUGUUGCUUAAUGGGAAGUUCAGUAUAAAAAAAGCUUACAAGCUCAUUCAAGGGGAGAUGCAGAAAGUGCAAUGGAGAAGAAUUAUUUGCAAUAAUAGAGCCAGCCCAAAGAGUAAGUUCAUUGUGUGGUUAGCUGUUCAAAACAGACUGCCUACCACUGACAGAAUUAGUAGAUGGAAUGUGGAGUGUCAAUUGCAAUGUAGGUUGUGUGAUACACAGAAUGAGUCAAUCCAGCAUCUCUUUUUUGAAUGCAGCUUCUCUACUGAAGUGUGGAAUGGUCUGCUGCAGAAGAUGGGGUUCAAUAGAACUGCUGGCUCCUUUGAUGUUGAAAGCAGAAUUGUCUGUUUAAAAGCUCAUAGUAAGAGCUUGAAAUCAAGAGUCUAUGUGAUGAUGUUCUCUGAGGCAGUGCACACUAUUUGGUGUCAAAGAAAUAGUGUAAUUUUUGAGAAUACUUCUUGUUCACCUGCAGUCUUGAUAAAUCGAGUUAUUUUUCAAGUUGCUUGCAAUUGUAAUGAAACAGAGAGGAGGUUAUUAGUUCAGUAG